GGGAACAUGCGAGGGGUAGACAGGCUCUGAUAAAGUCCUCCAUCUUCCAAGAAAGGAACAACACGUGCGAUACCUCUGACGGUGGAUAUCCAGAAAAAACAACCUUCAUCACCUCACCUAAUUACAAACUACUCUUGGAAUUUGGAACCAGUGAAAUUAUUUGGGGUACAUGACCGAAGCAAACAAAUUCAACAUAAAAAAACCAAGAUCCUGGAGGAAGUAGCGGUUUGACCUGCCCAAUCAAGCUACCGUAUCCAAGAGCACACAUACGACGCUGACGCCUGAGGUAUGAUGACCACCGCAAAACGGGAAGAGCCGAGGCUCCCGUACCAGGACUCACGAUGGAGCUGGGUUAUGGCCCUAGUCUGCUCUUGGUGCUUCUUUUGGACGCUCAUCAUCAAUCGGUGUGGAGCAAUCGUCUUCGUCACCAUGAUCUCUGAGAUGGGUGCCUCGCGGGAGCUGGCGUCGUGGCCCUUCAGUCUUCUGGGAACUGUGUCACACCUCGUAGGGCCUGUCUGGGGCGCUCUUGUGAAGCUCUUCCCUCUGCGGACCGUCGCUAUCGCCGGAAGUGUGCUGGCGGCUUCGGGAAUUUUCUUCUGCGUUUUGUUUUACAACGUAACGGCGAUGAUAAUUGGUCUGGGCGUUAUCACAGCCUUCGGACAAGGCUUGGUUUUUCCUUCUCUUCUUGUUGUUAUCAACACACAUUUUAAACGGUAUCGUGCUUCUGGUAUGGGAAUAUGCUACACCGGAGGCACGCUGGUGUCUUUCGUGUUUCCACCACUCCUUUUGUACUUGCACGAGGCCUACGGGCUACGAGGAACACUCCUGAUCCUGGCGGGCUGCAGCCUCAAUGUAACGGCCGGCUGCCUGCUUGCCAACAAACCCAAUGAUCAACCACGCCCAAAGAGCCCGGUAGAGGAACCCCUGGACACAAACGAAGCAUCUGGUGAACACGAUACAUCUUUGAAGUCAAAGGAAGUAUUGGGAAUCAUGCGAGAGGAACUGUCCUUCCUCAAGAAUGCCAUGUACUUCGUGGUAGUGGCUACGGGCAUUAUGUACACGUACAGUUUUGCCAUCUUCAAUGUGACUAUUGUGGACUUUGCCAUCGGAAAAGGUUUGAGCAAAUGGGAAGCAGCGAUGCUCUUACCUUUAUACGGGUCCGGGGAUCUGCUAGGUCGCAACUUUUCAGGCCAGCUGUCGGACCGCAAGAUACUUCAGAGGAGGCACGUCAUGACCAUCUCGAUCAUGGGCGCAUCAGCCGCUCUGCUCUCCGUCAUCUACGCUAACUCUCUGGCACUCCUGGGGGCAGUCAGCUUUAUGUUUGGGAUGUUCAGCGGAAGCGCCGUCAUCCUGCUGUCCAUUUUGCUGGCAGAGUAUUUUGGCCUUGAGCGGCUGGCCAUGGCCAUCGGUGUUUCUUCCUUCAUCAAUGGCAUUGCCACUUUUCCCCGGCCUCUUUUAAUAGGAUUUUAUCGAGAUCGUGGGAAGUCAUACGAUGGCCUCUACAUCCUGCUCUCUCUGGUUACGUUUGGAGCCAGCGUCGUCUGGUGUAUCGAAUGUUUCCGCCAAUGGGUGAAUACCAGAAGAAGAAAAGAAUCCAGGUGCCGGAAGGGUGAAGCAGUUAAAAUAACAGAAGAACACACCGGCUUGUAAUUAAGACAGUUGGGUAUGUGCAAUAAGAUAGAAAAU